AUGAGUCACACCGUCUUUACUACACUUGGAGUAAAGAUUGCGAUAGAAAGAUGUGCUGGGUGUGGGUCUCUGAUCACCCUUUCGUGCCUUUCCCACCGGGCUGUGUGCCAAGUGAUCAGCAGUGCUGUCCCAGCUGACUCCAUCCAGGACAAUGGCACUUCAGACAGCUCCUGGAUAACUCGGCUGGAAAACAAUUAUGGAUUCUACAUUGGCCUGGGCUUGGCUGUCUUCUCCAGCUUCCUCAUCGGGAGCAGCGUCAUCCUCAAGAAAAAGGGGCUGCUAAGGCUGGUGGAGAAGGGAGGCACCAGGGCAGGAGAUGGAGGCCAUGGCUACCUAAAGGACUGGCUCUGGUGGGCUGGCUUGUUAACCAUGGGUGGAGGGGAAGCUGCCAACUUUGCUGCCUAUGCCUUUGCUCCUGCAACUAUUGUCACGCCUCUGGGGGCUCUGAGCGUGCUCAUAAGUGCCAUCCUGUCCUCAUAUUUGCUUGGAGAACGGCUCAACCUGCUGGGAAAGCUGGGCUGCCUGCUGAGCCUGGUGGGCAGCACUGUGAUGGUCAUACACGCCCCAGAGGACGAGGAGGUCACCACUCUGGAGGAAAUGACUUCCAAGUUGAAGGAGCCGGGUUUUCUGGCUUAUGCUGCAAUCCUCCUGGCUCUCUGCUUCCUCCUGAUCUUCUACCUCGCCCCCCGUUACGGCCAGAGCAACAUCCUCAUCUACCUCGCCAUCUGCUCCGUUAUUGGCGCCUUCUCCGUGUCCUCCGUCAAGGGCUUGGGAAUUGCCAUCAAAGGCUUCUUUGCUGGCCAGCCUGUGCUGCAGAACCCACUGACCUGGAUCCUGGUCAUCACUCUGGUGGCAUCCAUCACCACACAGAUCAACUACCUCAACAAGUCUCUGGACAUUUUCAACACCUCUCUGGUGUUCCCCAUCUACUACGUGCUGUUCACCACCAUCGUCAUCACCACUUCCAUCAUCCUCUUUAAGGAGUGGGUCACCAUGACUGUGGUUGACAUCAUUGGGACAGUCUGUGGCUUCCUCACCAUCAUUUUGGGGGUGUUUUUACUCCAUGCUUUCAAAGACAUGGACGUCAGUUUUGGGAAUUUACCCCAAGUCCUUCAGAACGAAGAGCCAGCGCCGGUCACCAGAGAUGACAAGAACAUCCUGAUAGAGGUGGACAACUCCAGCAUUGCCCCAGAGGACAAACCCAAAGCACUUGCAUGAACUCUAAAAUCCACACCAGCGUCUGGAGAGGAGGUGAGAGACAAGGACUGACCAGUGCUGCUCAGACUCUGCUCAUCCAUGUUUAAUCACCUGCUCUGCAAACAGGGGGACGAGAAUAUUGGUGAAUAUGGGCAAAACACGGUGAAUUUUGCAAAAGCUGCUCACUCAGGCUCAGGGACACUCAAGCCAUGAAGUGUUUUUGCAGAGAGAUGUUUUUCAGCUUUUGGUUUUUUUGCGAGGUGCAGGAGUUUCCCUGAAGCAGUGUUACUUUUUUUUAUGGGAGUUUUGUUUGUUUGAGUUUUUUGGGUUUUUUUUUUUUCCCAGAGCAGCUCUGGUGUCCAGGCCUUGGUGAAGUUGCUGGGACUGACCCAGGCCCCACCUGAGGAAGGGCAAUCCCUGAUCAGGCUGGGCAGCUCUGGCAGAGUAAACCCCAUGUCAAGAGAAACUCUACCACGGUCUCCAACACUUCUUGUGACAAUUUUUUUCAGUCUGAAAGACCAAGUGGCUGUAAAUACAAAGUAUUUUUUUCCUCAGGAAAUAUCUUGAUCUUGGAAAACCCCCCAAAUUCUUUGAGCCCCAUGAGGUGUCCUGCUAUCCUUUGAGAUGCUCACCUGAUUAUACCUGGGUGUGAGCAUCACUGAGUAAAUAUAUUGUGGGGCUUUGGGAGAGAGGAUGAUCCAAUCUCCUAUUUUAAUAACAUUUCAGUGCUAUAUUUUUGGAAUGUGGAAAGGGAAAUAAAGGGUUUUUUUCAAAAUAAAAAAAAAAAAAAGUUGCAGGUGGAUCUGAAAGUUUUUCAUUAUUCAUGUUACUAGCCCUAAAGGAUAAAGAGGUUGAGGUACAGCUGAGAACAACAGAAAGAGCAUCUGGAGCAGAGUAAAACUGCAGCGACCUCCUUUGGUGGCAGAAAAUAAUCCAAGUCACUCACUCCAUCUUUGGUUUUGGCAUCCUAAUCAGUGGGAUGCUUGGUGCAUUUUAUUUCAAAAAAUGGCUGUAAAUGGGACUCAUCUUUCUUCACUCCAGAAGUGCAUUUUAUUAAAGCAAUCCUGCCAUCCCUGGAGAAAUGCCAUGUAGAAAAUGAAGAUUUGAACUGAGGUAAUGAAAUAAUAGACAGUGAAAGAGUAUUUGUUAAUGACAACCAACAAAUUUUAUUAAAACUAGGCAAAAGGCACAAUGAAUUGCAGUCUUCAAGUAUUUGCAUAGAUGCAUAGAGAGCAUUGUUGUAAACCAUUAACAUGAGGACAUAGGAGAAAGUGAGAUGUAUUUGUUAUAAGUUCUCCCAAGUAAUAUUAUCUUUCAAAAAAUCAGGUUUAACAUCUUUUACUCCUCCUGCAGUUCCCCUGGUCUCAAUCACUCAGUUUGCACACAUCUGAAAAUUUAAUAGGACUUAAAACUACCUUUUGGAGAUUUUUGUGAUAUUCCAGCAAUAAAGUUUUCUAUCAGAGUUUGGGCA